AUGGACAGCUCGCGUGAGUCAAGAACCGCGUCUUUUUACAAAGUACCGCCCCUGCAACUGGUCAGUGUCGAGCAUCCAGCUGUAAUUCAAAACCUGGAUAAGGCCAUCGCCACCCUCCAGGGUAAUGCCGGCAUUGAAAAGAUUUUACGAACUGCCAAGUCAGAUACUUCAGUGGACUUGUCGCUAAGACCAGAUGAUGCCUUGUCGCGACCUAUCCCGUCGACAAGCUGUCCAUCAAAUAAUGUCCUUCUCAAGAUUACAGUUCCUAGGAGGACGGGACGCAAGCGCAGAAAGGGCACAGAUGGUCCCUUUGUUGACUCGGCGCCUACGGCAUUGCCAGGUGAACCCAUGCGGCGGCGCAAUGCGAGGAAUACCAUGCGCAGCUUGGAGGAUAAUCCUUCGAGAUAUGGCGUUGAAGUGAUAGGCAGGAUUGAUCGGACGCAUGUCUUUCGCGCGAUGCCCGAUUUUGUCUAUUCGAACACGACAAGCACAUUCACCAAUAAAUUUCGGGACUAUGUCCUCCCGUAUGACUUGGAGAAGCUCAAGCAGUUCGACCUUGACAUGGGCAAAGGCGCUACGAUCAAUACGGAUCUCAUUCCGCCACCUUCCUUUAGCCACGGAGAUGUGCCUUUCCAAUACGUUUACCGCCAGAAUCCUAUGGUCAAGAAAGCCAUCGGGCAGUCUGGAGAAAUGACAACCGUCAAUACUCAACAGGCUGCGCGUGUGCGCACCCAUCUCGUUGCAUAUGACGUCGCGGAGAUACCGACGCAGCCUCAAGAGGGACUCCCUCCAUUGGAAGGCCUCGAAGAUGGUCUCCGCGAGAUGAUUGAACUGCUGGAGAAGCUCUUCGAACAGCGUCCGGCAUGGACCCGGCGCGCAAUCCGCAACCAUCUCACCACAGACGAACAGCGCAAUUACCUCCGCCACGCCGUGCCUUACGUAGGCUAUAUCUUCCGCUCUGGACCCUGGCGGGACGCGAUCGUCAAGCUAGGCCAUGACCCACGCUCAUCCCCCGCCUAUCGACAUUAUCAAACAUUCAUGUUUCGCAUUCUCCCGCGAGAGCCAGAACUUGCUCGUGACGGCGGCGUGAGUCGCCGUCUCAAUCCUGUCCGCCUCAUCGACCACGACUAUCACCAAACGGGCGGCAUGGUAAACACACACAUAUUCACGGGCCAAUUGCCCCUGCCCCGUGAUGGACGCAUUUGGAUGGCCUGUGACAUUGCCGACCCCGUGCUGAAAAAUAUCCUAUACCCUCCCAAUCCACCAGAGGACUUUCUUCGACCGAGCUGUGAGAUCGUCACGGAUGGAUGGUUCGGCAACGGAACCUUGGCCAAAGUUAAGACCAUCAUGCGAUUCAAAAUCCAAUCGCUUAUUGACGAUCGUCAGCCUAACGAUGCUGACUUUUGGCGUAUUUUGGCCUUUCCUGAUCACGCACAGUCUGAAGAAGAUCUGUCUGUGUUCACUGUUCCGAUGGAGGGAACCACCAGUCGUGAGGUGCAAAUGGCCACUGAAGUACGAGCGUCGAUCAAGGGAGCACCACUGUGGCGUAAGAUGCAUGAUCGGGGCCAUGGCGAUCUCGAUGGGGAGAAAAUGAGUCGUAUUCGGAGGCCACGAGGAAAGACAAGAAAAGGGAAAGAAGCAGAGGCUUCUACGGAGAUACCAGAGCAAGUCUUAGAAGAGGAAGAGGAAGAAGAGGGUGCCGAAGAGACUGAUCCGGCUGUACUUGAUGAAGAGAGUCGUGCAGUUGGGACUGCGGAUGCAGACGAAGACGAAAGCGAGGGUGAAGAAGAGGAGAUGGAGAGGGUGGCUCUGUGGGAGCAACAAGCUGCGGCGGCAGUGCAGGCACGGGAGGCGGCGUUGGCAGAGGAGGAUGAGAAUGAAGAGAGUGUGGAUGAAUCAGAUGCAGAUGAUUAG